AUUUUUGUAUGCCUGCAACACACUUCCCCAUUAUUCAAAGCCGCGUCUUCCAUACCUUCUCUCUUUGCUCUGUACAUACGUCUUUAUCUCUCGCUUUUUCACACACACAGAGAGUUUCCCCUUUGCCUAAUCAUUUUUCACCUGCCCAAGAUUUCGUUUUGGUUCUGGUGCUCGCCAUGUUACUGAUCUUUGAGUGACAAAGAUUAGCAUCUUUGCGCGUGUCCCAUUCUCUUCUCCAACCCUGUUGUAAAAGGUUUCCUGUUGCAAUUAUACUUGAAAACUCAAAUGGAGGUUAAACUAUGGAAUGACAAGCGUGAAAGGGAAAUGUAUGACAACUUAGCUGAACUCUUUGCUAUUAUCAAAGCAACAGAGAAGCUAGAGAAGGCUUAUGUUCGUGACAUCAUUUCAGCUGCUGAAUAUGAGAGUGAGUGCCAGAAACUCAUUGCUCAGUUCAAGACCCUAUCUUCUACAUUGAGGGAUACUGUACCUAACAUUGAGCGAUUUCAUGACACGUACAAAAUGGAUUGCUCUGCUGCCCUAAAUCGGCUUGUGACUUCUGGAGUUCCAGCUACUGUAGAACACCGAGCUUCUGCUGCAAUGUCAACUGUGAGUUCAGCAGCUGUUGUGGCCGAGUGUGUGCAGCAUUUCAUCACUGCAAUGGACUCGUUGAAGUUGAACAUGAUUGCCGUUGACCAGGUCCAUCCCCUGUUAUCAGAUCUGUCAUCUUCCCUCAAUAAACUAUCGAUUCUGCCUGUGGAUUUUGAAGGGAAGACAAAGAUGAGAGAAUGGCUUUCAAGGCUGUCAAAGAUGGGGGCUGCAGAUGAGUUGACAGAACAGCAGGCUCGCCAACUCCACUUUGAUCUGGAAUCCUCAUACAAUUCUUUCAUGGCAGCACUGCCCGCUGCUGGAAGUUAGCUAACUAUAUCAAUAUGUGGUAUGUUUGUAAAUACGAUUGUUGUUUUGUUUUGCAAGUUCAUAACAUAUUAUUCUAUCUUUAAUUGGAGUGCUAGUGAUUAUAUCAGUGUAGAUGAACCAUGUAUGUUUUUGGACUUCUUACAUGUUAGAUUGUAAGACUGGUAGUAGCACCAUUUUCCUUUUUCCGCCGAGGGUUUAUCGAAAACAGUCUCUCUACCCGAAGGUAAAGGUACCGUUUGUACAUCCUACCCUUUCCAGACCCCACUUCUUGAUUUAUUAUUGUUACUAUAUGUCAAGUAUGAUUUUUCUUUUCUUCAA